AUGCCCAAAGAGAGAACAUUUUCUACAUCCGAUGCUAUAUCAAGGGAAAGUGAGAAACUGAAUGGUGCAAUGUUGAACUAUAGCACCUAUGACAAGAAGCUGGUAAACCCACAUGGUCUCUACAUGCCUUUGCCUAUACCUAGUGAACCAUGGGUUGACAUUUCUAUGCAUUUUAUUCUUGGUUUGCCUAGAACAAAAAAGGGACACGAUUCCAUCUUUGUCAUAGUAGAUAGGUUCUCAAAAAUGGCACACUUCAUUGCUUAUCACAAAACUGAUAAUGCACCAUAUAUUGCUAACCUAUUCUUUAAAGAAGUAGUCCAUUUGCAUGGUGAUGACUUCGAUUUGAAGACAAAUUCUUCUCAAGGGGAGGGCACUGAUGAGGAACCACCAAGACCUCAAGUUGUCACUUCAAGAGGCUCGAGUGAGGAUGAUCUACGUGCACCAUCAGUGAGUCUUGGACCGAUGAUUCGAGCAAGGGCAAGGAAGAUGCGAGAGAACCUCCAAACAUCUAUAUAUCAAACAAAUGAUUAUUCGACAUCUUUUCAACUUCAACAUCCAUCGACCGCAGCCCCAAUUCUCCAUGAUCAUGAUGAAUUGCAUAAUGACUCACCAACUACUGAAGUUCCUAUUACACCUACAUCAUCAGCUAAUGGUCCCGAUGAUAGCUCAUCUGAAGAAUUUGUUCCUGCUACACAAGACAUUGUGCCUACUAACACAGUUGGAGCAGAACAAAUCGAUACUGGUCAUGUCACACACCGUGAUAUUGUGCUUGUCAUUCAAGAUGGAAAUUUAAAAAGAAUCAGUGAGAAACAUCCAUCAUACAUGCCACUUCAAUACCCUUUACUAUUUCCAUAUGGAAUAGACGGAUGGCAUUGUGCAAUAAGAUUUUCACCCUCUGCCAUUAGGAAGAGAGAAUUUGUGUCCAUGCGCGAAUUCUAUGCGUAUCGUAUACAAUUUCGACAAAAUGAAGGUUAUACACUUUUGAAAGGUGCCAAACUAUUUCAACAAUUCAUUGUUGAUUGUUAUGCAGCUAUUGAACACUACAGAUUAAAUUUUAUGAAAACCCAUCAAUCUCUAUUACGUGCUGAUGUAUAUCAAGGUUUAGAAGAUGCUGUACUUGCUGGAGAUACAGAUGCAUCAGCAGUUGGAAGAAGAUUUGUUCUACCAUCUUUAUUUUCGGGUGGAUCCCGAAAUAUGGUACAGCAUUUUCAGGAUGCAAUGGCAAUUUAUAGAACAAUUGGAAAUCCAGAUCUUUUCAUUACAUUUACUUGCAAUCCCAGUUGGCCAGAAAUUAAACAAGAGUUGACAAGAAUAUUGGAACAAAAAGUUGAGGACAGACCCGAUAUUACGGCUCGCGUUUUUCGGAUAAGACAAAAAAAGUUGAUGAAUGUUUUAAAAAAUACCCAACUAUUUGGAAAAGUGCUUGCAGACAUCUCUGUCAUUGAAUUCCAAAAACGUGGUUUACCACAUACUCAUAUCACUCUGACAUUAGCUCCGGAUGAUAAGCCCCUUACUACAGAGCAAAUUGAUGAUAUCAUUUGUGCUGAAAUACCUGACAAAAAUGCUGAUCCACUAGCUUAUGAUACGGUCAUCAGGUGCAUGUUACACGGACCCUGUGGUAAUGCUUAUCCAAAUGCUCCGUGUAUGGUGAACGGAAAGUGCUCUAAACACUAUCCAAAGAAAUUUUGUAGUGAAACCACUAUUGAUGAAGAUGGAUUUGUAUCAUACAGACGUAGAGAUGAUCCAAAUAAGAUGGUAACUAUUAAUGGUUUUACAUUUGACAACAGAUGGGUUGUUUCUUGCAAUCGAGAUUUGAUUGUGAUGUUUGAUGGUCAUAUCAAUGUGACCAAAGUUGCACGUCUAGAAAUCACUAAAUAUCUGUACAAAUACAUGAGUAAGGGGGUUGAUAGAGCAAAUGUUCAGAUUGAGAAUAACGUUGUACUUGCAAAUGAAAGUGGUCAUCGUCGUUACAGAAGCGUUGAUGAGAUUAAACAGUACUUAGAUUGCCGAUAUUUAUCGCCAAUUGAGUCAUGUUGGAAGAUAUUUGAUUUCAAAAUGCAGAGACAGUAUCCAUCCGUGAUUAGAUUUCAGUAUCAUCUUCCUAAUCAUCAAUUUAUUAUAUUUAACGAUGAUAAUUAUCUUUAUGACGUUCUUGAUCGUGAUCACAUACAUGACACGAUGCUGACAAAAUGGUUUGAAAUAAAUCAGAGCCAUAUUCCAGCUAGAAACUUGACGUUUGUGGAGUUUCCGAGUAAGUGGACUUGGAAGUACAAUAAACGUCAAUGGGAGUCCAGAUUGCAAGGUAAGUGUAUCGAAAGGCUACCAUAUGCACAUCCUCAUUCUGGUGAGCGAUACUAUUUGAGAAUGUUGCUGAAUAAAAUUCGUGGUGCACAAAGUUUUGAACAUUUGAGAACUAUUGAUGGAGUUGUGCAUCCAACAUUCAAAGCUGCAUGUGCAACACUUAGUCUUCUGGAUGAUGAUAAUGAGUGGAACGAAGCUUUAGCUGAAGCAUCUUCAUGGGCAUCUGCCAGAAAAUUACGAAGCAUGUAUUGUACAAUACUUAUGCAUUCUGAGGUAACCAACUCGUAUGAUAUAUGGCAGCGUCACUGGAAAAGUAUGACAGAUGAUUUGCAAUAUCAUAUCAGAAGGGAUAUGGGAAACUCUCAAAUACGCAUUGAUGAUGGUGAGUUACAAAAUUUGGGAUUAAUUGAACUCGAACUCAUUUUGAAUAAAAAUGGUCGAUCUUUACGAGAUUUUCCACCAAUGCCAUUGCCGUCAUUUGAAAAUGCUCAGUUUUCCAUGAACAGACUUAUAAGAGAAGAGCUCGAUUACGAUUUUACAUCAGAACAGCAAUUAUUUAAUAAUUUAUAUGCUGGUUUGAAUGAGGAUCAAUUGAAAGCAUAUGAUCUUAUUGUGGAAUCAUACACACGUAAUCACGGAGGACUAUUUUUUGUGUAUGGAAGUGGUGGGAUGGGCAUUGCUGCAAUACUCUUACCGGGUGGAAGAACAGCGCAUUCACACUUCAAAAUUCCUAUUAAUUUGGAUGAGUCAUCAAGUUGUUCAAUCAAUAAAAAUUCUGACUUAGCCAAAUUAAUUAGGGAGACAUCUUUGAUAAUUUGGGACGAAACUCCAAUGGCACAUCGGCACGGUUUUGAAGCGGUGGAUAGAACUUUAAAGGAUAUCUUAAAGUUGAGUGAAAAUGAUUAUGAGGAUCGUAUUUUCGAAGAAAAAUUAGUUGUUUUGGGUGGUAAUUUUCGACAAACAUUACCGAUUGUUUCUAAAGGUAGGAGAGAAGCAACAGUAUCAGCUACAAUAAAAGAGUCAAUGAUUUGGGAUCACUGUAGAGUACUGCAUCUUAAAAUAAAUAUGCGCGUAAUGAAUUUACGUCUUCCUGAAAAUAUGCGUCAGCAAUUGACAGAUUUUGCAAAUUGGUUGCUGUCUGUUGGUGAAGGAAAGGUUUCAGCAAUUUCACUUACUGAAUUUGGGGAAUUAAAUUGGAUUCGGAUGCCGUCGCAAUUUCUCAUAAAAAAUGACAGUCAAUCUUUGAUGUGGUUAAUAGAUUCUGUCUAUCCAAAUUUGAGAAAUUCAUACAAAAAUAGCACUUACCUCAAGGAACGUGCUAUUUUGGCUCCAAAAAAUGGUGAUGUUGACAAGUUGAAUGAUAAGAUGCUAUCAAUGCUUCCUGGUCAAUCACGUACCUACAUGAGUACUGAUACUUUUUGCAAUACUGAAGGUGACAUUGUUAAAAAUAUGAAUCCUCCUGAAAUGUUGCACUCUUUGAAUUUUCCUGGGCUUCCAAAUCAUUUUUUGGAACUUAAAGAAGGAACUCCCAUAAUUCUUUUAAGAAAUCUCAAUCAGUCAGAAGGUCUUUGUAAUGGAACACGACUUGUCGUUACCAGAAUGGGGGAUAAAGUUCUCGAGCCAGAAGUCAUAACAGGAUCUAAUAUUGGAGAUUUAAUACUCAUACCUCGGAUCUCUUUAACACCACAGAGCGCACGGACUCCUUUUCCAAUUAAAAGGAGACAAUUUCCUAUGAAAGUGGCAUUUGCAAUGACUAUCAACAAAAGUCAAGGCCAAACCUUGAAAAAUGUUGGCGUUUACCUUCCUGAACCUGUGUUUUCACAUGGUCAACUUUAUGUUGCUCUGUCCCAUGCUACUUUGCCAGUUGGAUUGAAAAUAUUCAUUGUUAAUAUAGAUAAUGAUCCAUGGGAUUACACAAAAAAUAUUAUGUAUCGUGAGAUUUUUUACUCCCUUUGA